CGAAUCCCCCUCCUCAUCCCCUACCUUCGACCAAUUGGUUCACACGUCGAAAAGCUCAACGGAGCGACACCACUCAGAUUCACUAAUUUCCUAACGUCAACCCACAUUUCACCUACCAUCGACGUCCACCAUUAACGUUCACCUGCUACCAUCAACGCCGACCACCGCCAAAUUUGAUAUCAAAAUGGGUGAAAUCUGCUACAAAAUUUGGUAUUGGGUGAAAUCGACGUUGGAAAUAGCCGCCAACGACCACCAAAAGAAAAUUUGUUUGUAACUAUGUUAUUCGUAUUCACUUGUUUUCUAGGUUAGAUUGUUCUACGGAGUAUUAAAUUUCUGCCUUAGAUACUCAAUUGACAGUUCGUUCUCUAUUUCUGGAGAGUUUGGCUGUUGGAAUUAUGUUUUCAAUUUCUUGAUUAGGGUUCUUUUCUCCAACUGUGGUCUGGGUUGAUAAGAGAAAGGACGUGGUGGUGGUGGUAGAGGAACAGAGGAAAGGAAGGAGAUGGGGAAUUAAGCAGGGAGGUGGAGAAUUUGGGGGAGAGAAAAACAGGAAUUCAUUCGGCAGAGAGAGAGAGAGGAGAGAUUCGGUGUAGUUAUCUAUGCAUUUUUUGUGUUGUGGACAGGUGUCAUCUUUCUAGCACUAGGACAGAGGAUCCGCGCCGCUUCUCUCUCUCUCUCUCUCUCUCUCUCUCUCUCUCUCUCUGCGGCCCACUUCUUCCGGCAUCCCGACCUUUCCGCGGGAAUACUCGGCGGGCCCCGUCACCACAACAAUCCACCACCGACUAUAUUCUCUUCCUUCAGAAAAACAAGAUGAAAAAAUACUUGUUAUUAGCAUUGCACAAAGUCAAGGUUCAGUUAUUCCCAGGUUUAACAAAUGCCCGUUAUACAGGAGGGUCUAACAUAGGUGAAACCUAUGUAUCUAUGUGGAAGCAGUUGCUCCAAUACCCUAAAACUCAACUAUUCCGCUCGAGUGUCUCUGUCACCCUCCGUAGCACUCGGUUGGAGAGGAUUCCUUAUUCCGAGCGAUACCAUUGGGUUCUUGGACCAUCUGAGGUGUCUGAAUCGUUCGAAAGAAAUGUGGGAGAUAGGACGUUAAAGGUGUUGAAGGAGGGCUGCAAAGGUUCCAUUCUGCCUCCAAACAACACUCAAAGCAUUCGUGUGAAAUCGAUAUUGGAAGAGAUAGUUCAGGCAAUGCACAGUGGAUUAAGGCUGCCUAACGGCGGAAGAUGGAGUACCAGAUUCGAUGCACAACAUUUGGAUGGAUUGAAAUGGGAAGUGGUGGUGGUGGAUUCAGAAGAUGGUGAUGGUACUUGGUAUCUCACUAAUGGUACCAUUGUGGUGUUUACGAGGUUUCUUGAAAGACUCCAAUCAGAUGCAGAGGUAGCAGCCAUCCUUGGUCAUGAGGUUGGGCAUGGAGUAGCUCGGCAUGCCUUGGAACAUCUAACGAGGUGUUUCCGUACUAUCGCCACCCUGCCACUGCUCAUGUGUAUACCCUACUCUGAAAUACCAGUCGCCCUUGUGUUUAAUUUUAUCUCCCGGAGGAGAGAAAUGGAAGCAGACUACAUUGGGUUGAUGUUAAUGGCCUCAGCUGGGUAUGACCCACAGUUGGUGCCACCGCUUUAUGAGUCACGGCUUGACAUUUUACCCUAUCGUGGCAUAUUUGCAAGUCAUCCACCUGGGCAUAAGAGAGCAAAGAAGCUGAAGGAACCUAAGGUGAUGGAACAAGCUGUGGCCAUAUACAGAGACGUCACGAGUGGCCUUGGGGUCAGAAGUUUCAUUUAGGAGACACUAUUGCUUACUAUGGAGGAAGAGUACAUACAUCUGAUUGGCAUAUGCCUAAUUUCAAGCAACAGAGCAAGUGUUUAUCUGCGUAGUUUUCUCUGACCUUUUUUUUACUAGGAGUUUAUUAUGUAGUUAGGAUAGUGUCUUUUCUUAACCUUCGAGAUGACAGCUAGUAAGGAAGUGCCUCAUCCAAUUGAUCUUUGGCGGUCAAGAAGAAGAAUACAUUCUUCAGUCAUUGUCGUUAAGAGUGUUUGCAGAUUAUCAGCUAGUUAGGGUUGGGUUUCUAGUGUCGCUGAUUUUUAGGUACUUUGUUGCGACUUCUUAUAUGGGUGUAUGUUGAUUGUUGAGAUUCUGUAGAGAAAUCCAUAUGGUCACAUCUAGAGUCCUUGACAAGUUUGAUCAAUCUUGUAAUCAGUUCCAAAUUUUCAAUUGGUAAAUAUAGCACUUUUUGAUUGUGUACAUAACUAGAUAUA